GGGGACGUGCACUCGCUCGGCGGACCAUGGAGGCGGCGCGGCGGCGGCUGCAGGCGGGUGGCGGAGCCAGCGCCCGGCUCUCCGCGGUGUGGCUGCUGCUGCUGGCGGUGGCAGCGGCGGCAGGAGGCGAGGCGGCGGAGGCGGCGCGGCAGCGUGGGGACGAGCAGUGUCAUUACUACGCGGGUGGGCACGUCUACCCCGGGGAGGCGGCUCGUGUGCCCGUCACCGACCACUCGCUGCACCUCAGCCAGGCCAAGAUCUCCAAACCAGCACCUUACUGGGAAGGAACAGCAGUCAUUAAUGGAGAGUUUAAAGAGCUGAAAUUAACGGAUUAUGAAGGAAAAUAUCUUGUCUUCUUCUUCUAUCCUCUUGACUUUACAUUCGUGUGUCCAACCGAAAUAAUCGCCUUCAGUGACAGAAUUGAAGAAUUCAGAGCAAUAAACACUGAAGUAGUAGCAUGUUCUGUGGACUCAAAGUUCACUCACUUAGCAUGGAUUAAUACUCCCCGAAAACAAGGAGGACUUGGACCUAUGAAGAUUCCCCUUCUUUCAGAUUUGACACACCAGAUUUCAAAGGAUUAUGGAGUAUAUCUGGAAGAUCAAGGACAUGCACUUAGAGGCCUUUUCAUUGUUGAUGAUAAGAGAAUCCUUCGACAGAUCACGAUGAAUGACCUUCCUGUUGGGAGAUCAGUGGAUGAAACACUUCGUUUAGUACAAGCAUUCCAAUACACAGACAAACAUGGAGAAGUUUGCCCUGCUGGUUGGAAACCUGGCAGUGAAACUAUAAUUCCAGAUCCAGCUGGAAAACUGAAGUAUUUUGAUAAACUAAACUGAGGCUCGCUGCUGUUGAAUCACAUAGGUCACAUUCCAUUUGAUUUUUGCCAAUAAAAUUUCAUUAAUUUUGUUACUUUCCUGA